AUGGUCCCGAACUAUGGAAAAGAGAUACGUGGUGCAACAUUCGAGCGAGUUGAUACGUGUCCUGGAUAUCAAAAAGGAGAUUUGAACGCGCUCAAAAUCUAUGCGCAUGAUAUUGGAUUGGAUCUACUUAGAAAUAAUCGGACCUGGACGGCCGACGGCACUUUCUACGCUUAUCCCUCGGAUUUUGCGCAGUUAUUCAUCGUCGGUGUUCAAAUCGGGCAUCUUUUUAUUCCCUGUGUCUUUGCUUUGUUGAGCGGCAAAGCGAGUUUAUGUUACAAGAUCGUUUUUCGAUUUAUCCUUUCACAGAAUAUUGCUUCACCAAAUUGCUUAAUGACAGAUUUUGAAAGAGGCAUCUAUCAAAGCUUCCAACAAGUGUCCAUCACAAAAGUUGCCGAUUACUUUGACGCCCUCCUUGUUUCUUCGCGCAAUGCACCGCCACCCGAAGUCAACAUGGCUUCAGUUAAAAAAUUUUACAAAUUCCUUGCAAAAAACUACAUUGGAAAAGUUGUCAAUGGGAACUUUCGCCGGCCACCCACGUAUCCUGUUGAUAAAUGGAAUGUUUACAGUCGUGUUAUCCAAUCUCAGCAACUUGGUAAUGCAACACACGAGGCGUUUAAUUCUUUAUUAAAGUCCGGACCAAAGAGUCCACAUCCUGGUUACAUUGUGAGUUGGCUUUAUGAGGAAACGAUGAAUGUUAUUAAUCACUUGAGGCUUGCUACGACUCGCAACCUUUCGUUGGUACAA